GCACCGAACGCCCCGCGCCCCGAGGCCCGUCGGCGUAGGGCGGCCGCGGGGCUGUGGCCCCCCAGGAACGCCGGAGGCAGGAUGGAUGAACAGAAGGUGCCCAGCGAGGAGAAGGACGCAGCCGCGCCAGCCGAUGGGGUCAUGGCCUCGGAGGAGAUGGGCAGCGCCGAGGGGGACCCCCUGAAACCCCCUGAAGGAGCCUCUGCGGGGCCAGAGCUGGAGAGCGUGGGCAUGGAGGAACCUCCCGAGGCUGGCAGCCCGCUGGGCCGCCGCUGUGCCCUCUGCAACUGUGGGGACUGGAGCCUACACGGGCAGCGGGAGCUGCAGCGCUUUGAGCCGGUGCCUGACUGGCCCGAGCGGCUGGUGGGCCACGAGCCCCCUGAUGGGCCCAGCCAGCCUCCCCCAGGGCCCAACCAGCUCCCCCCAGAGCCAGAGCUGGGGGGUGAUGGCCUGGCACAGAUUGGCUUCUCCGAGGGGGUGACCCCAGCGCAGCUCUUCGAGCCGACAGGGCACUGCUGGGUGCACCACUGGUGUGCGGCCUGGGCGACUGGUGCAGGGCCCGAGGUGGCCGGUGUGGCCAGAGCUGUUUUCUCAGGGAUCUCACAGAAAUGUGAACGCUGCGGGCGGGCGGGGGCCACCAUCCCGUGCCGGGCGGCCACCGGCUGCUCCCGCCUCUACCACUUGCCCUGCGCCGCCGCCAGCGGCUGCUUCCAGUCCAUGAAGACCCUGCGGCUGCUCUGCCCCGAGCACGUGGCUGAGGCCGUGGACAUGGAGGACGCGCGGUGCUCGGUGUGCGAUGGGCCGGGCGACCUGCGGGAUUUGGUGUUCUGCACCAGCUGCGGGCAGCACUUCCACGGGGCCUGCCUGGACAUCUCCUUGACGCCUCGCAAGCGCUCGGGCUGGCAGUGCCCUGAGUGCAAAGUGUGCCAAACCUGCAGGCAGCCUGGCCAGGACUCUGCCCUGCUGGUGUGCGAGGCGUGUGACAAGGGCUACCACCCCUCCUGCAUGGAGCCAGCCACCCAGGGCCCCCCCACCGGCUCUUGGAAGUGCAAGAACUGCUGGGUCUGCUCAGACUGCGGCCGGCACCCCGCCGGGCUCGACUCCACACCGGGGUCUGCGGUGUGCGGGGACUGCCAGCGAGGCCGUGCCACAGCCGAUGUCCCCACGGCGCCAGAACACUCACCACAGCCUGACCCGCCCGCCCAGAUGUCAGAGUCCCCCGUCCCCAGUGAGCCGACGGAUGCGCCCGUGCCCCCACCUGAGCUGGAGCCUGUGGGGGGUGAUGAGGAGACGCAGCCCCUCGUGGACCCCAAAGAGGCACCCCCAGACCCCAAAGAGGCACCCCCAGACCCCAAGGAGGCUCCCCCAGGCGAUGCUGAGUCUCCUCCUGUCGAGCUGGCCUCUGUGGAGGUGCCCCCCAGUGAGGAGGAACCCCCCGAAGAACUGCCCUCUGAUGAACUUCCCCUCGAUCAGCCGCCCCCCGAAACGCAGCCCUCUGACAUUCAGCCUCCUGAUGUGCAGCCCCCCGAGGAGCCCCCUCCUCUCAUGCUGCCCCCCGAGGAGCCUCCCUCUGAGGAGCUGCCCCUCGAGACACCAUCCCUUGCUGAGCUGCCCCCUGACAGACCCUCCCCCGAGGAGUUGCCCCCCAGUGAACCACCCCACAAUGAGCUGCCCCUUGACGUCCCUCCCCUUGCUGAGCUGCCCCCUGAGAAACCAGUGUUUGAAAAGUCACCCCCCCAUGAGCUGCCCCCCGAAGUAGUGCCCAUUGACAAAUCACCCCCUGAUGAGCUGCCCCUCAAUGGGUCGCCCCCCAAACCUCCCCUCGAUGAGCUGCCCCUUGAUGAAGCACCCCCCGAUGAAGCACCCCUUGAGGAGCUGCCCCCCGAGGAGCUGCCCCCCGAGGAGCUGCCCCAAGAUGAGCUGCCCCUCGAGGAGCCACCCCCCGACGAGCUGCUCCCCAAGGAGCCUCCUCCUCCUGAAGUUCUGCUCCCUGACAAGCUGAGCCCUGAAGAGCCCCCCCUUGUUGAGUUGCCCCCUGAAGAGCCGGUCCUCAGCGAGCUGCCCCUCGAGGAGGACCUGAAACCACCAGGUCUCCUCCCCGAGGUGACAGUGGCAGAGGAAGCGCCAGCCCUGGCUCCAGAGGUGCUCCCUGAGGAGGAGAUGGAGCUGGAGCCAGAGCCCUCGCUGCCCCCUGAGAUGACACCCCCACCCUCAGCUCCCCCAGCUCUCCGUGCCAUCUCACCUGCACGGACCCCAGCACCCUCCCCUGAUGCCAAGGAGGACGAGGUGCUCGAGCCCCCCACCCCAGCCUUGCCUGAGCCCCCCGGCAGCCCUGGCACCGCCAUGGACACCGACCCCCCUGGCUCCCCGCCGCCACCCCUGGGCUCCCCUGCUGUCACCCUGGCCCCCGCCAAGCCACCCGAGGAUGAGGAGAUGGAGAUGGCCGGUGGCGAGGGGGAGUCCCCAGCCAGCCCCCCUGGAGAUGCCCCCCACGGCAGCCCAGCCCCUGAGCUGGGGCCCUUCCCGGGCCUGCCUGAGGAGGAGGAAGAGGAGGAAGAAGAGGCGCCGAGGCUGGAGAGGGAGGGUACCAGUGGAAGCUCCCCGCCACUCAGCGAGGAGGAUGCGCUGGAAGAAGGCCAAGCCGGGGGGGACCCUGAAGUCAAGGGGUCUCCUUCGGGGUCCCCCCUGCUCCUGGAACAGGAGGAGCUGGGCCCUGAGACCCCCAUGGAGGUGUGCACUACCGGCGAGAAGCUGCUGGGGCACGGGGACGAGGGGUGCCCCGAGCCCCCCGCGCUGCGCCCACGGCCCGACAUCCUCAACGAGAUCUCCAACCUGAGCCAGGGGGACACGAGCAGCAGCUUCCCUGGCUCGGAGCCGCUGCUGGGGUCCCCAGACCCUGAGGGCGGGGGGUCACUGUCCCCUGAGCUGGGCCCGGCCUCGGCUGACGCCAGUCUGCAGAAGGAGGACACCGGGUCGCUGCCGCUGGGUGCUGAGACUGAUGACUCGCUGCUCUUCGAGCCAGCCGCCAAGGGUGACGGGGACAAGAGCCGGCGCCGCAGCUCCCCGGGGCGCUCCCGUGUCAAGCAGGGUCGCAGUAGCAGCUUCCCUGGGCGGAGGCGCCCCCGAGGUGGGUCCCACGGGGGCCGAGGCCGGGGCCGUGCGCGCCUGAAGUCGACCACCUCAUCUGUUGACACCUUAGCACUCGCUGACGUGGAGAGCUCGCCCAGCAAGGAGGAGGACGAGGACGAUGAUGAUACAAUGCAGAACACGGUUGUCCUCUUCUCCAACACUGACAAGUUUGUGCUCAUGCAGGACAUGUGCGUGGUGUGCGGCAGCUUCGGGCGUGGGGCCGAGGGGCACCUCCUCGCCUGCUCCCAGUGCUCCCAGUGCUACCACCCCUACUGUGUCAACAGCAAGAUCACCAAGGUGAUGCUGCUGAAGGGCUGGCGCUGCGUGGAGUGCAUCGUGUGCGAGGUGUGCGGCAAAGCCUCCGACCCCUCGCGCCUGCUGCUCUGCGACGACUGCGACAUCAGCUACCACACCUACUGCCUGGACCCGCCGCUGCAGACCGUGCCCAAGGGCGGCUGGAAGUGCAAGUGGUGCGUGUGCUGUGUGCAGUGCGGGGCUGCAUCCCCUGGCUUCCACUGCGAGUGGCAGAACAACUACACCCACUGCGCGCCCUGCGCCAGCCUCGUCGUCUGCCCCUUCUGCCGCGAGAAGUACGUGGAGGACGACCUGCUCAUCCAGUGCCGGCACUGCGAUCGGUGGUUGCACGCCGCGUGCGACAGCCUCUUCACUGAGGAGGAGGUGGAGCAGGCUGCGGAUGAAGGCUUUGACUGCAGCGCCUGCCAGCCCUAUGUGGUCAAACCCGUGCCCGCGCCAUCCGCAGAGAUGAUCAAAGCCAAGGAUCCAGAGCCCCAGUAUUUCCGCUUUGAGGGCGUGUGGCUGACGGAGACGGGGAUGGCCGUGCUGCGCAACCUGACCCUGUCACCCCUGCACAAGCGGCGGCAGCGCAAGGGCCGCCCGGGCACCCUCAACGGGGAUGGGGGGCUGGAGGGGGGUGACCCCCUGGGCCCUGAGGACAAGAAGGACGGUGACCUGGACACCGAAGAGCUGCUCAAAGCCGAGGUGGGUGUGGAGCACAUGGAGUGUGAGAUCAAGCUCGAGGCUCCGGCCAGCCCCGACCGUGAUGUUGGAGCUGAUGGGGACUCAGGGAAGGGGCUGGAGGACCCUGAAGAGUGCAAGAAGAGGAAGCGCAAACCAUACCGGCCUGGCAUCGGCGGGGUCAUGGUGCGGCAGCGCAAGUCCCACACGCGGCUCAAGAAGGUCUCAGCAGUGCUGCCAGACAUCACCAAGGUGAUGCUGCUGAAGGGCUGGCGCUGCGUGGAGUGCAUCGUGUGCGAGGUGUGCGGCAAAGCCUCCGACCCCUCGCGCCUGCUGCUCUGCGACGACUGCGACAUCAGCUACCACACCUACUGCCUGGACCCGCCGCUGCAGACCGUGCCCAAGGGCGGCUGGAAGUGCAAGUGGUGCGUGUGCUGUGUGCAGUGCGGGGCUGCAUCCCCUGGCUUCCACUGCGAGUGGCAGAACAACUACACCCACUGCGCGCCCUGCGCCAGCCUCGUCGUCUGCCCCUUCUGCCGCGAGAAGUACGUGGAGGACGACCUGCUCAUCCAGUGCCGGCACUGCGAUCGGUGGUUGCACGCCGCGUGCGACAGCCUCUUCACUGAGGAGGAGGUGGAGCAGGCUGCGGAUGAAGGCUUUGACUGCAGCGCCUGCCAGCCCUAUGUGGUCAAACCCGUGCCCGCGCCAUCCGCAGAGAUGAUCAAAGCCAAGGAUCCAGAGCCCCAGUAUUUCCGCUUUGAGGGCGUGUGGCUGACGGAGACGGGGAUGGCCGUGCUGCGCAACCUGACCCUGUCACCCCUGCACAAGCGGCGGCAGCGCAAGGGCCGCCCGGGCACCCUCAACGGGGAUGGGGGGCUGGAGGGGGGUGACCCCCUGGGCCCUGAGGACAAGAAGGACGGUGACCUGGACACCGAAGAGCUGCUCAAAGCCGAGGUGGGUGUGGAGCACAUGGAGUGUGAGAUCAAGCUCGAGGCUCCGGCCAGCCCCGACCGUGAUGUUGGAGCUGAUGGGGACUCAGGGAAGGGGCUGGAGGACCCUGAAGAGUGCAAGAAGAGGAAGCGCAAACCAUACCGGCCUGGCAUCGGCGGGUUCAUGGUGCGGCAGCGCAAGUCCCACACGCGGCUCAAGAAGGUCUCAGCAGUGCUGCCAGACGUGGGGCGUGAGGGGCUGAGCACCGAGGGACACCCUGAGGAUGGGGCUCCAGCUGAUGUCCCAGCCGAGGCUGGCCUGGAUCCAGGCUCAGGAGAGGGGGACGAGAAGAAAAAGCGCCGGGGACGGAAGAAGAGCAAGCUGGAGGACAUGUUCCCCCCGUACCUGCAGGAGGCAUUUUUUGGGAAAGCACUGAUGGAUCUGAGCCGGAAGGCGCUGCUGGCAGCAGGCGGGGUGGGGGACGCGGCUGCCCGCCCCUCCUUGGGCCAGGGUGCCCCAAGGCCCAAGGGGGACCUCAACCUCGCUGGGGCACUGCAGGGGAGUACCCCAGACAGGAGGGAGACCCCCACCCAUCCCCGAGGGGAUGACAGCACUGACGGCAGCGCCGCCGCUCCCGAUGACGAUGGCAAGGACGACGCGAAGGGCGAGGACCUGGGGGCCGACGAGCCGAAGGAUUCCCCAGACCGCGGGGACACUGAGAAACCAGCCACCCCGGGCGAGGGAGCGCUAAGCUCCGACCUCGACAAGAUCCCCACGGAAGAGCUGCCCAAGAUGGAGAGCAAAGAUGUGCAGCAGCUUUUCAAGGAUGUGCUGGGUUCAGCGGAGCGUGGGGAGCAGCCCCUCAACUGCGUGGCCGCGGGGAUGGAGGCCGGGCAGGACCCCAGCCGAGCACAGCGGCCGUUCCUGCAAGGAGACCUCCAGCUCUCGGGGCAGGGGAGCGUUUCCCUGGGCUCACUCUCCGGAUCCGUCUCCUUGGACUCGUACUCGGGGGUCUGCCAGUCGCCGUUCCUUGAUAACAGGGAGCGGAGUGGCUUCUUCAGCCCAGACCACUGCGAGCCCGAGAGCCCCUGGGCCAGCAGCUCGGCCGCCACCACCCCCUCGACCCCCACAACACCCACGACAGAGGGCGAGGGCGAUGGGCUGUCCUACAACCAGCGCAGUUUGCAGCGCUGGGAGAAGGAUGAGGAGCUGGGUGAGCUCUCCACCAUCUCCCCUGUCCUCUACGCCAACAUGAACUUCCCCAACCUCAAGCAGGAUUAUCCAGACUGGUCGAGCCGCUGCAAACAGAUCAUGAAGCUCUGGAGGAAAGUCCCUGCCACGGACAAAGCCCCAUAUUUGCAAAAGGCCAAAGAUAACCGGGCGGCUCAUCGCAUCAACAAGGUGCAGAAGCAGGCCGAGAGCCAGAUCAACAAGCAGACCAAAGGGGAGGGACUGCGCAAGCCUGAGAGGCCCUCGCUGCACCUGCGGAUCCCGGUGCCUCCAGGGGCACAGCCCGUCUACAUCAGCAGCCCCCCCGCCACCGGCGAGGGCUUCCUGAAGCCCCCAGCGGGUGCCGGAGGGGGACCGGAGUCUCCCAGCGAGCUCUUCCUCAAGCUCCCGCCCCAGUCCCCUGCCCAAGUGCCUUCGCACGAUCCCUACGGCGCGGCCCCCGCCUACACGCUGGAGCCCCGCUUCCCCUCGCCCCUGGGCCAGAGCCCCACGUCGGGUGCUGCCUUCCAGCCCUUCCCUGGCCAGCCCCAGCCCCUCACAGCCCCCCGUGCACCCCCUGACUUCCACCCCACCCCACCUGGCACCCCCCGGCACCAGCCUGGCACCCCUGACCCCUUCCUGAAGCCCCGCUGCCCCUCCUUGGACAACCUCUCGGUGCCAGGGAGUCCUGGGGCGCGGCCCCCUGAGGCCCUGCUCUCUCCCCUGCCUUUUGGGGAGCAGAAGAAGGGUCUGGAGGUGAAGAAGGAGGAUGGGGGAAGCCUGGGGGUCUGCUCGCCCGGCUACACUUCCGCCAUGGGCUACGGGGACUCCCCAGGUGCCCCGCACCUCUCGGCUGCGGAGCUGAAGGCGGCUGACGUCUUCAAAGCCCCCAUGACCCCACGGGUCUCUCAGGUAGAGCCGCAGAGCCCGGGGCUGGGGCACCGGCCCCCCGACCCCCAUCCCCUGGCCCCCUCGCCCCCCGGCCACCCUGAUCUCUACCGUCAGUCACCCUACCUGGACCCCUACUCACAGCCCCCGCUGACACCCCGGCUGCAGCCCUCCGAGGCCUGCUGCGCCCUCCCGCCCCGCUCCCUGCCCUCCGAACCCUUCUCCCGCAUCCCCGCCAGCCCCCAGUCCCAAUCCAGCUCCCAGUCCCCUCUGACCCCCCGCCCUCUGUCCAAUGAAGCCUUCUGCCAGUCCCCCGUCACCCCUCGCUUCCAAUCCCCGGAUCCCUACUCCCAGCCGCCCUCCCGGCCGCAGUCCCGGGACCCCUUCACCCCCCUGCACAAGCCCCCCCGUCCACAGAUGCCGGAGCCGGGGUUCAAGUCAGUGGGGGCGGCCGGUGGAGGUUUCGGGGGCGCCCCGGCAGGUGACCCCCAUGCCAAGGCACCGGCUGGGCCACAGCCGCCCUUCGCCCGCUCGCCUGGUGCCAGCGUGUUCCCGGGGAGCCAGCCCCCCAUGCGCUUCACCUUCCCCCCGGCCGUGUCGGAGCCGCUCAAGGGCUCCCCGUCCCACCAGCCCCAUGGGAUCAACAGCCAUUAUGGCUCUGGGAAGCCCCAGAGCUCGGCCUACGCCUCGUCCCCCAGCUUCCACCAGGCCAGCAGCCCGCUGGGCCCUGGCACUGCCGCCCCCGACUCGUACAGCCUGUCGCCCCUGCGGCCCCCAUCGGUGCUGCCGCCGCAGCCCUCGGCCCCCCCACAGCAGCAGGACCCUUCUGGAACCUUCCUGCCCCGCACUGCGCUGGCACUGACGGCUGACAAGAGGGAGGAGGUGGCUGCGGGGCUCUCAGCACCCCCAAACCGGGAGCUGGCAGAGCUGCCUGGUGGCCAGGACGGGGCUCUCGGCACCAUGAGCCAGUCGGAGCUGGAGAAGCAGCGGCAGCGCCAGCGGCUCCGGGAGCUGCUUAUCCGCCAGCAGAUCCAGCGGAACAGCCUUCGGCAGGAAAAGGAGAGCGCGGCUGCCGCCGCCUCCUCCUCGCCAGCCGGCUGGGCCCCGGAGGGCGGCGGGCAGAGCUUCGAGCUGAGCCGGGGCAUGGCCCCGUACCAGCCGGCACAGGACAAGGCUCUUCUCGGGACUCUGGCCACGGCAGCCGGCGCUGGGAAGCUGCCGGGCUCCGUCAUGGUGCAGGCAGCGUUUGCGCAGGACGAGCGGCUCUCCCGGCCCCCGCCGGCGGCCACGCCAGCCAUGCUGGACAUCAGCGGGCGGGCGGCAGUGGGGCCCCCCCAGGCCUUCUACCCCCGUGGGGUCUUUCCAUCGCCAUCCCCGCAGCAGCAGCAGCAGCACCUCUGGCAGCAGCAGCAGCAACAAGCGGCCGUGGCGGCCCUGCGGCUCCCUGUCACCUCCCGCUUCGCCCCCCCGGCCGCCGGGACCCCCAUGGGCAGCCUGGGCACCCGCCUGCCCACCCCUGCCGAGGCCGUGCCCCCCUCACCAGCUGCCCUGGGCGCUCCCUUCAUCGAGCUGAGACACAACGUGCAGAAGGGACCUGGGGGGGUCGUGGGGUCUCCCUUUGUCCCCCAGGCACCCCGGCCUCGCUUCUUCCUUCCUGGGGAGGAGGGCACCCCCCAGGCCCUGUGCACUCCCGUCAUGCCCAUGCAGGCGCUGCCAUCCCAGAAGGUUCCGGCACCGCUGCCGCCCGCGUCCCCGCAGGGAGCCGAGAUGGGCAACAGCCACCAGCAGCCCCACGCCAAGGCGGCACCGCCGCUGCCAGCCCCCACCCUGGAGCUGCAGCAGCACAUCCCCCCACGCCCGCUGUCCUCCGGUGCCACCCUCCGCCCCGAGGCUCCCAAGGAUGGCCCCGCUCUGGACCCUGCGCCGGCCCCAGGGAAGAGCCACCUGGGCCUGGAGGGAGGACGGCUGCCCUGCGAGGUGCCCGUGGAGCCUGACUUGGAUGACGACUUCGGCUCCCACAAGGACUUGGAAGAUGAUGAUGAUUUGGCCAACCUUAGCCUGGAUCCAGAUGUGGCCAAAGGGGACGAUGACUUGGACAACUUGGACAGUUUGGAGACAGCAGACCCCCACCUUGAUGACCUGCUGAAUGGCGAUGAGUUCGACCUGCUGGCUUACACUGAUCCCGAGCUGGACACGGGUGACAAGAAGGACAUCUUCAACGAGCACCUGCGCCUGGUCGAGUCGGCCAACGAGAAGGCUGAACGUGAGGCCCAGCUCAAGACAGAACCACCGGCGGCCACCUUGAAGCUCUCUGACCCUGGGGACAGCAAAGAUGUGACCCCAUCUGUGGAGGAUCAAGAGGUGCCCAAGGAAGGACUGGUGUCUGGGAUGGGCUUGGGACUCUCGGCCUGCCCCACGGGCACUGUGCUGGCCCCCGACCCGACUUUCAAGGCGCAGGGCGUGGAGGCGAAGGCCGGCUCGCUGCCCACCGAUGUCAAGCCCAAGCUGGAGGACGGCUGCCUGAAGACCUCACCCUGCCAGUUCACCACCACUGGUCCCGAGCGCCUCCCGGUGCCGGUCAAGUCAGAAGCACUGCAGGGCACGGAUAAAAUCUCUGCCUCCCUGGGGCUGAGCGUCAAACCUGGCCAGACCCUCCUGAGCUCCAGCACUGGCCCCACUCGCCUCAGCCUGACUCAGUUCUCCAACAGUGGCCACACUGGUGUUCCCAUGCUGGAGAAGGACCCCUACACUGGCCCUGGUCGUGGGCUGGCAACUGCCCAGCUGGGUGGCCAGAGCAACCCUUUGCUGGAGAAGUUUGAGCUGGACAGCGGAGCCUUGGGGCUGGGCAGUGCCCGGCACUCGCCGGCGGAUGACUUGGACAAGAUGGAGAGCUCGUUGGUGGCCAGCGAGCUGCCGCUGCUCAUCGAGGACCUCCUGGAGCAUGAAAAGAAAGAGCUGCAGAAGAAGCAACAGAUGUCGGCCCACCUGCCCCGUGGCACCCCCCACCUCCCAGCCCCAGGGCACCCCAUGCUGCACACAGGGGCAUCUGGGCAGCCUCCCGAGGGGCAGCCACCCCGUCUGGGCACCCCACAGACUCCCCUCCAGCUGGGGCUGGUGGCCCGGCCACCGCUGCUGCCACCGCAGCCCCCCCGGCUCAACGCACCCCAGCAGGGCCCAGCUCUGGCCUCCCACAUGGGCAUGGGCUCUGGGCAGCCCCACGUGCUGUCAUCCCCCCACGGGGUGCAGGUGGCCCUGGGGCAGCCGCAGCAGACCCAGCAGCAGGUGCUGGUGCAGAAGCCGAUGGCCGGGGUGCAGCCCCCCUCCCUGGGCCUGAAGCCCCCCCAGCUCGUCAUGCAACAGCAGUUGGCCAACAGCUUCUUCCCGGACACAGCAGACCUGGACAAGUUUGCGGCCGAGGACAUCAUGGACCCCAUUGCCAAGGCCAAGAUGGUGGCGCUGAAGGGCAUCAAGAAGGUGAUGGCUCAGGGCAGCAUCGGGGUGGCCCCAGGCAUGAACAGGCAACAGGUUUCCCUGCUGGCCCAGCGGCUCUCGGGGGGCCCAGCUGUCUCUGAGAUGCAGAACCACUUGCUUGCAGGGAGCGGGCAGGAGCGGAGCACAGACCCGACCCAGGCUCGCCCCAACCCACCCACCUUUGCACAGGGCGUCAUCAACGAGGCUGACCAGCGGCAGUACGAGGAGUGGCUGUUCCACACGCAGCAGCUGCUGCAGAUGCAGCUGAAGGUGCUGGAGGAGCAGAUCGGGGCGCACCGCAAGUCCCGCAAGGCGCUGUGUGCCAAGCAGCGCACGGCCAAGAAAGCCGGGCGGGAGUUCCCCGAGGCUGACGCCGAGAAGCUGAAGCUGGUGACGGAACAGCAGAGCAAGAUCCAGAAGCAGCUGGACCAGGUGCGGAAGCAGCAGAAGGAACACACCAACCUCAUGGCUGAGUAUCGCAACAAGCAGCAGCAGCACCAGCACCAGGCCUCGGCCGUGAUGGCCCUGAGCCCCUCGCAGAGCCCCCGCCUCAUGUCCAAGCUCCCGGGACAGCUCCUCUCGGCACACGGUGUGCAGCAGCCCGGGGGAGCCCUGGUGGGAGCGCAGGGCCUCGGGCAGCAGCCGGGGCAGCCUGGGGGGCUGCGCCUGCCCCAGAGCGGUGUGUCCAUGGCUGUGCAGCAGGGCCUGUCCUUCAUGGGGCAGCAGCCCGUGGGGAACGCCCCAGGACCUGGCUCCUCCGGCACCUUCUUCAGCGGGAACCCUGCUCUGCGUGGGCUGGCCGCUGACAGCCGCCUGAUGCAGGAGCGGCAGCUCCAGAGGAUGCAGCUGGCACAGAAACUGCAGCAGCAGAACAUGCUGGGACAGGUGUCACUGCAGCAGCAGCCAGGUGUGAUGGGACAGGCGGCAAUGCAACAGCCAGGUGUGAUGGGACAGGUGUCGCUGCAGCAGCCAGGUGUGAUGGGACAAGCCGCCAUGCAGCAGCAGGGCGUGAUGGGACAAACAUCAAUGCAGCAGCCGGGUGUGAUGGGACAGGCAGCCAUGCAGCAAUCAGGUGUGAUGGGACAGGCAUCCAUGCAGCAAUCAGGUGUGAUGGGACAGACGUCACUGCAGCAAUCAGGUGUCAUGGCACAAGCAUCAAUGCAGCAGCAGGGCGUGAUGGGUCAAACCUCCAUGCAGCAGCCAGGUGUGAUGGCACAGGCGUCGCUGCAGCAGCCAGGUGUGAUGGCACAGGCAUCCAUGCAGCAGCCAGGUGUGAUGGGACAGACGCCGAUGCAGCAGCAGGGUGUGAUGGGUCAGGCAUCCAUGCAACAGCCGGGUGUGAUGGGACAGAGCUCGAUGCAGCCACAGAGCAUCAUGGCCCAGACGUCCAUGCAGCAGCCAGGUGUGAUGGGACAAGCUUCAAUGCAACAGGCAGGUGUGCUGGCCCAGACAUCACUGCAGCAGCCAGGCAUGAUGGGCCAGGCAUCCAUGCAGCAGCCAGGUGUGCUGGGCCAGGCCCCAGUGCAGCCAACAGCUGUGCCAGGGCAGCCUGGCUUGCUGGGGCAGCAGCAGCAGCAGCCCGCAGCCCCACAGCCCGGCACAGGGGCUCAGCCCAUGGUGCCGAAGCAGCCGGGGCUGCUGGGCAGCCAGCAGAGCCUCCUAGUGCAGCAGCUCUCGCCCCAGCAGCAGCCAGGUGUGCUGGGCCACGCACCAGGGCUGCAGCACCAGCCUGUGCUGGGCCACCCCCCACCCCAGCGCCAGGUCGUCCUGGCUCCCCACCAGCAGCGGGUGCUGGGCUCGCCCCAGCUGACGCCGCAGACUCCGGGGAUGCUGAGCCACCGGCUCGUGCUAUCCCAGCAGCUGGGGCAGUCUCGGGCGCUGUUGGCCCCGCAGCAGCAGCAGCAGCAGCAGAACUCAGCGGCUGCCCAGCCAGGUCUCCUGGGGCUGGGCCAGGGACAGCCCUCGAUCCAGCACUUUCCGCAGCACGGGGCGGGGGGCCAGGCCCCCUCUGUGCUGCACCUGAGUCAGGGAAUGCAGCCGGCCCCGGCGGUCCUGGCUGCCAAGGACCAGCCCGCAGGGAUGGACGGCAGCGCCCUGCACGCUGAGGGCAGCGAGAGCGGGGGGCAGCUGCACGGGGAGCAGCAGGGAGCCCUCAACCCCCCGGGGCUGGGGGGCCCGGAGCCCCCGGCCUCCAAGCACCAGGCUGAGCUGGGGCAGGGCCAGCAGCUCCUCUUAACCUCCCCACAGCCAGGUGUCCUGCGGGCAGCCCCCGGGCAGCCGGGUGCCCUGCUCGCCCCGCCGCUGCAGAGCCCUGGGGCUGUUCACCCGGAGCUGUCCCAGCAGCACGGGGAAACGGCCGGGGUGGCGGAGCAACCGCUGGGCUGUGGGACAGGCCCAGCUCAGGCCAUGGUGCCGGCACCGCGGCCCCCGGAGCAGCCAGGCAAGGGGGUGGCAGGGGCCCUGCCAGGGCAGCCACAGCCCCCGCGGCUCCAGAGCCCCGUUCAGCACAAAGUAGGGCCGGCACCGGGCACGGCCGCUCUCCCCCCGGCUCUCCUGGGGCAGGUGCCGGGGCCGAUGAUGGGCCAGAUCCGGGCGCAGCUCCAGGGUGUCCUGGCCAAAAACCCGCAGCUGCGGCAUCUGACGCCGCAGCAGCAGCAGCAGCUCCAGGCCCUCCUGGUGCAGCGGCACCAGCAGAGCCUGCUGCAGCAGAACCAGGCGCUACGGACCCCUAGCCCAUUCCCCGGGCAGGCCCCGGACUACAGCUUGCCUGCUGCCCGCCAGCCCCCUCGUCCCAUGGGGUCUCUUUUCCAGCCCCGGCCCGGUGCCCCAGCAGAGGCACAGAGCAGCUCUGCCACCGAGCUGGGGCGGGCGCUGCCAGGGCAGCCCCCCCAGCAGCCCCUGGCUGAGCUGGUUCAGGCAGCUCUGGCUGCCCGUGGCCCCCAGCCCGGACUCAUUCGCCUCCCCACGCCACCAGCCCCCUCGCCCCUGGGCUGUGCCCCCCAGCACCUGGCCAGCCCUGAGCAGAACCCCCAAGAGCCAAAGAAGACGUCACCGGGAAUCCCGGCCUUGGCCCCCAGCCCGGCGGCACCCACAGAGCCAGGGCUGACUCCUACGCCGAGCGGUGCCCUCCCUGACCCAGCACACGGCCCCUGGGACCCCGAGGCGCCUGGGGUGGACCCAGCUGACCCUGGUGAGACCCACAUCAACGGGGCUGCGCCAGAGGGGGCCCCUGCGGCAGGCGAAGCUCCCCGGGUUUUGGUGAAGCAGGAGCCGAAGGAAGAGGCAGCGGCAGCGGCACAGUGUGAGGUGGAUGGAGAUGAGACAGCAAAACUGGACGCCAAUGGGGACCCUGGGGACAGCCAGGCCAACAGCCUGCUGGCCCCGGGUGGGCGCUCCGAGGCCGGGCACCUGCUGCUGCAGAAGCUACUGCGGGCCAAGAACGUGCAGCUGUCAGCGCAGAGCCCAGGCGAGCUCAACGGGCACUUGGAGAACCGGAGCGCUGGGACAGAGCCACGGCCGCAGUCACUGCUGCUGGGCCGGGAGGACCCCUCCAUUGCCAGGAAGCCGGCACCCACCAAGCCUAAGCGGGUGCAGAAAGGCAACGAGCGCAUCCCAGCGUCCCGCAAGAAGCUGCGGAAGGACGAGGGGCUGCGUCCUGGUGAGGCCCUCAUGAAGCAGCUGAAGCAGGAGCUGUCACUGCUGCCGCUGACGGAGCCGACCAUCAUGGCCAACUUCAGCCUGUUCGCGCCCUUCGGCAGCAGCCCCAUCAACGGGAAGAGCCAGCUGCGGGGCGCCUUCGGCAGUGCUGUGCUCGACAGUGUCCCUGACUACUACUCCCAGCUGCUCACCAAGAACAACCUCAGCAACCCACCCACGCCACCCUCCUCGCUGCCCCCCACACCCCCUCCCUCCGUGCAGCAGAAGAUGGUGAAUGGUGUCACGGCCCCUGAAGAGCUGGGGGAGCAGCCCAAGGACGCCGACCCAGCCCGCGAGCCCCACGGCCAGAAAGGUGAGCCUGGCUGGCACAGGGGUGGCACAGAAUCCCUGCUGCCACCUGUCACUCCCCCCCAUGACACCCAUCGCUUCUCUGGAGAUGCACCAGCUGUGGAGGUGAAGAGCCUGGACCUGCUGGCAGCACUGCCCACCCCUCCUCACAACCAGACUGAGGAUGUCAGGAUGGAGAGUGACGAUGAGAGCGACUCCCCCGACAGCAUCGUCCCUGCUUCAUCCCCCGAGAGCGUCCUGGGCGAGGAGCUGCUCCGCUUCCCGCUUCUCAGCGAGGCCAAGCCAGAGCUGGAGGAGCGUGUGCUGUCCCCCAUCAUCCCCAUCAUCCCCCGGGCCAGUAUCCCAGUGUUCCCCGACACAAAACCCUAUGAGGUCGCAGAGCCCUUUGGGGCUCCACCAGGGAAGGUGGGGUCAGCAGGCCCUGGAGCCCCAUGGGAGAAGGGCAAGAGCAGCGAGGUCUCCGUCAUGCUGACGGUGUCUGCAGCAGCUGCCAAGAACCUCAACGGGGUGAUGGUGGCCAUGGCCGAGCUGCUGAGCAUGAAGAUCCCCAGCUCCUACGAGGUGCUGUUCCCCGACGGCCCUGUGCGAGCAGCUGUGGUCGAGGCCAAGAAGGUGGAGAAUGAUAUGGCCGGAAUGCUCGGAGGGAAGGAGAAGGCGCUGGCUGGGAAGGUGCCGGACAGCAGCUCUGAGUGGCUGAAGCAGUUCGAUGCGGUGCUGCCAGGGUACAGCCUCAAGGGCGAGCUGGACCUCCUGACGCUGCUCAGACAGGAGAGCCCUGCUCCUGAGAAGACCCUUCACCACUGCUACGUCAACAACGUCUCCAACCUGGACGUGCGGCAGCUCUCUGUCCUGCCCCAGGAGCCCUCGCCCCCGCUGUCCCCCUCCGUCCCCUCCCCAUCCAGCCCCGCUGAGCCCACCAGGGUCCCCGACCCCGAGGCGUCCCACGAGGCAGCCCCAGCCCCAAUGUCACCGCUGCCGCCAGCCCCCUCGCCAGCCCCCCAGGAGGAAGGGGCCGCAGCCGCCCACUCCCCGCCCCGUUUCAAGCCGCGCUCGCGGCCUCCGGAGGACGGGGACGAGGCGAGGCCGCGGCUGAAGAAGUGGAAGGGGGUGCGCUGGAAACGGCUGCGCUUCCUCGUCACCAUCCAGAAGGGAGGGGCCAAGCGUGACGGCGACAAGGAGAUCGCAGAGUUCAUCGACAAGCUGGGCACCACGCUGCGCCCCGAGAAGGUGCCGCAGGACCUGCGCAAGUGCUGCUUCUGUCACGAGGAGGGCGACGGGGCCACGGACGGGCCAGCCCGCCUGCUCAACCUUGACCUCGACCUCUGGGUCCACCUGAACUGCGCCCUGUGGUCCACGGAGGUGUAUGAGACUCAGGGAGGGGCCCUGAUCAACGUGGAGGUGGCCCUGCACCGCGGGCUCCUCACCAAGUGCUCCCUGUGCCAGAAAACCGGUGCCACCAACAGCUGCAACCGCAUCCGCUGCCCCAGCGUGUACCACUUCGCCUGCGCCAUCCGCGCCAAGUGCAUGUUCUUCAAGGACAAAACCAUGCUGUGUCCCCUGCACAAGCUGAAGGGGCCCUGCGAGCAGGAGCUCAGCAGCUUCACCGUGUUCCGCCGCGUCUACAUCGAGCGGGACGAGGUGAAGCAGAUCGCCAGCAUCAUCCAGCGCGGGGAGCGGCUCCACAUGUUCCGCGUGGGCGGCUUGGUCUUCCACGCCAUCGGGCAGCUGCUGCCACACCAGAUGGCCGAUUUCCACAGCGUCACGGCCCUCUACCCCGUGGGCUACGAGGCCACGCGCAUCUACUGGAGUCUGCGGACCAACAACCGCCGCUGCUGCUACCGCUGCACCAUCUGCGAGAACAACGGGCGCCCAGAGUUCGUCGUGCAGGUCAUCGAGCAGGGCCUGGAGGAUCUUGUCUUCUCUGACUCCUCGCCACAAGCUGUCUGGAACCGGAUCAUCGAGCCAGUGGCGAUGAUGAGGAAGGAGGCCGACAUGCUGCGACUCUUCCCCGAGUACCUGAAGGGCGAGGAGCUCUUUGGCCUCACGGUGCACGCGGUGCUGCGCAUCGCGGAGUCGCUGCCGGGCGUCGAGAGCUGCCAGAACUACCUGUUCCGCUAUGGGCGCCAUCCUCUGAUGGAGCUGCCGUUGAUGAUCAAUCCCACCGGCUGCGCCCGCUCCGAGCCCAAGAUCCUCACCCACUACAAGCGGCCGCACACCCUGAACAGCACAAGCAUGUCCAAGGCCUACCAGAGCACAUUCACGGGCGAGACCAACACGCCCUACAGCAAGCAGUUUGUGCACUCCAAGUCCUCCCAGUACCGGCGCCUGAAGACGGAGUGGAAGAACAACGUGUACCUGGCGCGGUCCCGCAUCCAGGGGCUGGGGCUCUACGCGGCCAAGGACAUCGAGAAGCACACGAUGGUCAUCGAGUACAUCGGCACCAUCAUCCGUAACGAGGUGGCCAACCGGCGGGAGAAGAUCUAUGAGGAGCAGAACCGCGGCAUUUACAUGUUCCGCAUCAACAACGAGCACGUCAUUGACGCUACGCUGACGGGGGGCCCGGCCAGGUACAUCAACCACUCGUGUGCCCCGAACUGUGUGGCCGAAGUCGUGACCUUCGACAAGGAGGACAAGAUCAUCAUCAUCUCCAGCCGGCGCAUCCCCAAGGGGGAGGAGCUCACCUACGACUACCAGUUCGACUUUGAGGACGAUCAGCACAAGAUCCCCUGCCACUGUGGAGCUUGGAAUUGCAGGAAGUGGAUGAACUAACUGGGAAACAGGAGCUGGGGGCUGCCACCCCCGCCUCAGAGACCUCGCCGAGCCCCCCAGGGCUGCAGGAGGUGCCAGGGGCGGCCGGGCACUGAGGGAGAGCAGCGGCUGCAGCGCUGCCGGCCCUGCCCGAGCGGGACGGACGGACAGAUGAACUGGCAACUCAGGGUUUUCUUUGCUUCGUCCUGCGAGGAAAAAAAAAAAACAAAAAACAAAAAGGAGUGGGGGGGCUCAGAAAUGCCCCCUUCACCACCCCCUGCCUGCAUCCCUUGUGGGGGAGCCACAGGGGAGCAGCGCCAGGCCCGACGUGGCCGGAGCGAUUGUGCGGAGCCGGUCUGGAUAUAACGAUUAUUUUAUUUUAUUUUAUUUUAUUUUUUGUUUCUUUUUUUUUUUUUCUUUUUUUUUUCUUUUUUUUUUUUAGAAACUAAAAAAAAUUGCUCGCUAAUUACCAAGGUAACACAGACUCCUUGAGCUCGACAAUCCGGGCUCUGCCCCGCCGGCGUGGCGGCCAGAGCUCGCUCGGUUCCUUUGAUCUCUUUUUGUUUGUGCGUGUGGACGAGACCCCGGAGCGGCGGCGGGAUGCAGCCAAGACCCCGACAGACACAAGGAGCUUCUGCACCCAAACCUACCUCAUUUUAAGUGUUAGAUUUGUUUCUUUUUAUUUGUUGUUGUUUUUAAAUGUGAGCCCCCCUCCAUCCCAACCUGCCCCCCACCCCCCCAAGGGGGGGAUCUUUCCCUCUCCCUUGGGCUCCAGAGGUUGUGGCUUCCCCGUGUCCCCCUCCUCAGGUGUGGCCCUUCCUCAGGACCCCUUGAAGGGGGGACACGGGGACGCCCCCUCCUCAUCCCCCCCCCUCAGGAGGUCCCAGCCGUGUGCCGUGCCAAGGUGUGAGGUGGGGAUGGGGAGGGGAGGGGGGGUCAGACCCACUCCCCGAGCUCU